AUGGAUCAGCCAGCGGUGCCGGUUGGGAAAGGGGCAUGGGAGGGAUCCACGGGCAUCGUGUGCAUCGCCACCGAGAAGCACAGCGGCAAACAGGUGGCUGUGAAGAAGAUGGACCUGAGAAAACAGCAGCGGCGGGAACUUCUGUUCAACGAGGUGGUCAUCAUGAGAGACUACCAUCACGAGAACGUGGUCGACAUGUACAACAGUUAUCUGGUCAGUGAUGAACUCUGGGUAGUGAUGGAGUUCCUGGAGGGCGGAGCCUUGACUGACAUCGUCACUCACACCAGGAUGAAUGAGGAGCAGAUAGCCACCGUCUGUUUGUCGGUGUUGAAGGCGCUGUCGUACCUCCACACGCAGGGCGUCAUACACCGAGACAUCAAGAGCGACUCCAUCCUGCUCACCAGCGACGGACGGAUCAAGCUCUCGGAUUUCGGCUUCUGCGCUCAAGUGUCUAAAGAGGUUCCCAAGAGGAAGUCUCUGGUGGGAACGCCGUACUGGAUGGCGCCGGAGGUCAUCUCCAGACUGCCCUACGGCACUGAGGUGGACAUCUGGUCUCUGGGCAUCAUGGUGAUCGAGAUGGUGGACGGAGAGCCGCCGUACUUCAACGAGCCGCCGCUGCAGGCCAUGAGACGGAUACGAGACAACCUGCCGCCGCGACUCAAGGACUCUCACAAGGUGUCGUCGGUUCUGCGGGUGUUUCUGGAGCUGAUGCUGGUGCGAGAGCCGUCUCAGCGUGCGUCGGCGCUGGAGCUGCUGCAGCACUCGUUCCUGAAGCUGUCGGGCCCACCGUCCUGCAUUGUUCCUCUGAUGCGCCACUACCGCCACCGCUGAGAGCCGCUGAGAGCCGCGCGUUUAGACUGCAGUCAUUCAGAACGGAUCGGCUCGGCGGCCCGCGGGCGUCUGACGCCCUGCGCUUCGGUCCGGUCCCGCGCCGAUCACACGUCUCUCUCACUCUCGUCUUCUCACGCUAACUAUGAAGAUGCAUUUUAGAGCAAUUGUAAGUUGUACUUGUACAGUUUUGAUAAACGGCAGUAUUUUUGUUGUGAUGUCACCAUGCUGAAAUGGGCAGUAUUACCUAGAACUGAGAGUUUCUGCAAAAUAACAAUAACUAAUAAUAAUAAACUUUCCUACUGUUUAUAUUUAAUUUUUUUGAAGAUGGUCAUAAACUGGCUGUUGCAGACAGAUGAACCUGAAUAUAUUUAUUUAUUCUACGUUUGUAGGUCAUGUGCGCUCACGCCAGAGUUUUCUACGCUCGGUUUCUUUCUGGUUUUCAGUAGUGUGGCCUUCACGCUCAGUCUCACCCGAUCUCUAGCAAUAUGAAGCUGUUGGACACAGUCCUCACGCGUGUUUUCUCGUGCCGUCUCACCCGUGUCUCAUGGCUCACUGUGAUCUGGACAUGCGUGUUCCUGUAGGACUCUUCAGAUCCGCUGUCGCGUCGCUUCUGUGCAGUGAUCCUGCAUGUGUGUCACUAAGAGCUGCUUUCAAUAAAACACAGAUGCGUCACACGCCGUCCUGUGUUCAUUCGUCUCAUGAGCAGGUUUUGAGUUCUAGACGCUUAUAUAAAGAUGUUUUUCUGGAAGGAUUUCUGCUUCAUUUUGAAAUGAGCGAAUGAUCUACAAUCCCAUGAUGCAUUGUAA